AUGUUAAAUUCGUCUCGUAAAUUCCUUCGAACGAACCCAGCAUCUUCCUUGAUGAGCGGAAGUGGUAGCAAUAUCACAUCUGCAAGUCCAAUCAUGAAAAGUGCUGCUUUAAUAUUGAGUGGUGCUUUGAGUAGAGGAAGUUAUUUGGAAGUACCCAAAUUUUCGAGUGUGCCAGAGGCUUUCUACAACAACCUUUUUGUAAAACGAUUAUUUCAUACAUCAACAAUUUGUAAGGCCUCUAGAGUCAGUCCUGCUAAAUUGGCAAGGUUAGAAUAUGAAGCUCAAACAAGCAACAACAUGGAUAGAAAAGCUGAAUAUUUACAGGCAUUAUUUGAUUUAGAGCAUUAUCAAAUGGUAGUGCAACUCGUUGAUAGUGGAUCAUAUUCGUUGGAUCAUCCUUUAAUUCGACAAAUAUACAGAACCUCAUUGGAAAGAAUUGGUGGAGUUUAUCAAGAGAAUGUUCCACGAACAAAUUAUUACUCUUAUUCUCAGAGUCAGCAACAACAGCAAUCACCACCCACAUUUACUUCACCUCCCCAAGAUAAUUCAUAUAUUCAUACUUUUAAUUUUCCACAUCAACCACAGCCAGUAAUGCUACCUCAAAAACUUGUUGUCACAAUGGAUGACUCAUUCUUUACAAGAUUUAACAGGGUUAAUGUCACUAGAUCUUUUAUAUCAUUGCUCUUCAGUUUAGCAAUUGUUGGACUAUUUUUUUAUUUGGCUUACUACACACCAAAUGAUCCAACCAAGCAAAAACAAGGAGGUGGUGGAUUGGGAUCAAUGUUUGGACAGACAUCUUACAAACCAAUCACAAAUGUAGAGACAAGAUUCAAUGACGUGAAAGGAAUUGAUGAAUGUAGAGGUGAAUUAGAAGAAAUUGUGGACUUCUUAAAGAAUCCAGAAAAAUUCAACAAAUUAGGAGGAAAAUUGCCAAAGGGAGUUCUCUUGGUAGGAAAACCGGGAGUUGGUAAGACUCUAUUAGCUAAAGCUAUUGCAGGAGAAGCUGGCGUUCCUUUCUUCUUUUGCUCUGGAUCAGAAUUUGAUGAAAUGUUUGUAGGUGUUGGCGCAAGACGUAUUCGAGAAUUAUUUGCUGCUGCAAGAAAACAAGCUCCUUGUAUCAUCUUUAUCGACGAAAUUGACUCUCUCGGUGGUAAGAGAACAGCAAAAGAUCCAUUCUAUUCAAAACAAACACUCAACCAAAUUCUCUCUGAAAUGGAUGGAUUCAAAUCAAGUGAAGGAAUCAUUGUUAUUGGUGCUACCAACUUGUUGGAAUCUUUGGAUAAGGCCUUAAUUAGACCUGGAAGAUUUGAUCGACACAUCGAAGUUCCACUUCCAGAUUUAAAAGGUAGAAAGGAAAUUUUAGACUUGUAUUUGAAGAAGGUGCCUCUUAAUCCAACUGUCAAUGUUGAAACCAUUGCCAAGAAAACUACUGGAUUCACAGGCGCUGAUUUAGAAAAUCUUGUAAAUGUUGCUUCAAUUAGAGCCUGUACCAAGAAUAAGGAGCAAAUUAGUGGUGACGACAUUGACUACGCUUUCGACAGAAUUGUUAUGGGUAUUGCUAGAACCUCUAGCAUCAAUGUUAUGAAUGAAAAGGAUAAGGAGAUUACAGCAAUUCAUGAAUGCGGACAUGCUCUAGUUGUGUUGUUGAACCAAAAGAAAUCAUCUCAACUCAAUAAGGAUAUUCUUCACAAACUUACUAUUAUCCCAAGAGGAAGCGCACUUGGAUUUACUGCUUCCUUACCUGAACGUGAGGUUCACCACAUGUCCAAGCAACAAUAUCUUCAAAUUAUUGAAAAAGCUCUUGGUGGCGUGGUUGCAGAAGAAAUUAUUUAUGGAAAGGACAAUGUCACCUCUGGAUGUACAUCAGAUUUACAACACGCAACCAACGUUGCAAGAUCGAUGGUUACAAGAUUUGGUAUGAGCGAAUUGGGCUUGAUUGACUUCACAGAAGAAAGUUCAAUGUAUCAAAAGGGACCUGAAUUCUCUCCUGAAACAAAACGAUUGAUAGACAUUGAAAUUCAAAAAAUUGUUAAUUCUUCAUAUGAACGAGUGAGAGCAAUGCUGAAAGAAAAUGAAUCUGAGUUAAGGAAGCUAGCAAAAGAGCUUGUUAAAUAUGAAACACUUUCUGGCAAGGAAGUUCUAGAUAUUUUAGAAGGCAGAGAAGUGAAACGUUCUAUUGUAGGCGAAGUUGAUUUCUAA